GAAGAGGGACAGCAGGAGAAGCUGGAAGUGGAUAAUUAGCUACCCAUUAUUACCCGGGAGGCCGGCCGCAAUUAUUCUCCUCCUGUUAUCAGUUCCAUUCCUUAAUUACCCCAGGCAGAAGGAGGAGGAAGAGGAGCAGGGUUCUGCUUGAUUUGGAAGGGUCGGUCAAUUCUUUGGCACUCCAGGCGGGAAUUUGGGAGGCAGUUAAUACAUAGCUCUUGUCUUGAUCGGUUCCGGCGAGCGAUCACCACCGCCGCCGGUGGCCAUUCUGCUUACUGCGCGAGCCUGAUCGAUCGAGCACAGAAGAGCAGAGCUCCCUAGGCGGCCGACGCGUUGGGUUUCUAGAAGAGCAGGAGAAAGAAAGAGCUUUGCAGGUGCGUCGCUGAAAUGAGCGAUGUCACCGUCAGGUUCGUGCUGGCCGCCGCCGUCAUGGCGGUGUCGCUGGUGAUGGCCUCGUCGGCCUCACCGUCAUCAUCAUCACCGUCUGCGCCGUCGCACGACUACGGCGACGCGCUGCGGAAGAGCUUGCUCUACUUCGAGGCGCAGCGGUCGGGUCGGCUCCCCUACAACCAGCGCGUGCGGUGGCGUGGCCACUCGGGCCUCACCGACGGGCUGGAGCAAGGGGUGGACCUGGUGGGCGGGUACUACGACGCCGGCGACCACGUCAAGUUCGGCCUGCCCAUGGCCUUCACCGUCACCAUGCUCUCAUGGAGCAUCAUCGAGUACGGCGACCAGGUGGCCGCCGCCGGGGAGCUCGUCCACGCGCUGCAGUCCAUCAAGUGGGGCACCGACUACUUCAUCAAGGCGCACACCGCGCCCAACGAGCUCUGGACCCAGGUCGGGGACGGCGACUCGGACCACUACUGCUGGCAGCGGCCCGAGGACAUGACCACGUCGCGCCGGGCCUACAAGGUGGACGCCGAGCACCCGGGGUCGGAGGUCGCCGCCGAGACCGCCGCAGCCAUGGCCGCCGCGUCCGUCGUGUUCCGGAACGCCGGCGACGCCCACUACGCGCACCUCCUCCUCCACCACGCGCAGCAGUUGUUCGAGUUUGCCGACAAGUACAGGGGAAGGUACCACGAGAGCGUCCGGGUGGUGAAGAGCUUCUACCCGUCGUCGAGCGGGUACAAGGACGAGCUGCUCUGGGCGGCGCUGUGGCUGCACCGCGCCACCGGCAGCCGCCGGUACCUCGACUACGCCGUCGACAACGCCGACGACUUCGGCGGCACCGGCUGGGGCGUCUCGGAGUUCAGCUGGGACAUCAAGUACUCCGGCCUACAGGUCCUCGCCUCAAAGCUGCUGCUGGAGGAGAAGGACCUGAGCUCGGAGCAGCGCUUGGUACUUGAGCAGUACCGUUCCAAGGCGGAGUUCUACGUGUGCUCCAACAUGAACAAGAACCCCGGCGGCGCCGCCCGCAACGCGCCCCGCACCCCGGCCGGCCUCCUCUUCAUCCGGGCCUGGAACAACCUCCAGUACGUGACCAACGCCGCGUUCCUCAUCACCGUGCACUCCGACCUCCUAUCCUCUCUCGGCGAGCCUCUCCGCUGCCUCCCCGACGACGACGCCGACACCUCGGACACCGGCGGCGAGGCGGCGGCGGAGGUGGUCGUCCCCGCCGCAGAGGUGCUGGCGUUCGCCAAGUUCCAGGCGGACUACAUCCUGGGCACGAACCCGGCGGAGACAAGCUACCUGGUCGGGUACGGCGAGAAGUACCCGCGGCAGGUGCACCACCGGGCGGCGUCGACGGCGUCGGUGAAGCAGGAGAAGGGGUUCAUCGGGUGCGCGCAGGGGUUCGACGACUGGUACAGCGCCGGCGGGGACAACCCGCACGACCUUGUCGGCGCCGUCGUCGGCGGGCCGGACGGGAAGGACAGAUUCAGGGACGAGCGCGGCAUGUACAUACAUACGGAGGCCUGCACGUACAACACGGCGCCCAUGGUCGGGGUGUUGUCCAGGUUCAUGGAGAUCCAGAGGCAGCAGGGGGAACAAGACCUGUGAUUAGCCCGGUGAUUCAUGCAUGCAUGGUGUUCGCGGUGUUCAUAGGAGGAUUCAUUAACUGAAUAACUGAGAAAGAGAGGGAGAGAGAAAAGUGAUUUUUUUUUUUACUUUUAGGAUGUGGAUGGAUGGAUCGUGGGUGGAUUUGUACAUUCUUUUUGUUGGCUGAUGAUUCA